AUGGAUUCCCAGCACAACCCCGACGAACUCAUGGGAGAGGAGGAGCUCGGUGCCUCUUUCUCGGUCGAAUCCUUUUUCGCUGAGGAAGCGGUCACCCCCGCUGUCUCUGCUCCGCCCCCCGCGAAACGCGUCUGUGCUGCCGGUUCAUCCAGUUCUGCGCCUGUGGCUCCCCGUGCGGCCUCGGUGGUGCCGCCCGUCACUCCGGUCAUGGCUCCCGUAGCCGGUCCCUCCUCGGCUGCGCCUGCUCCUUCAACGUCGACCCAGGAAGCUAAUCCUGUGGUCGCCCUCGCCAUCACCGGCCGGUAUCAGCGCCUAAGGCGCAACCGUGAGACUGUGGGAGUCGUCGUCGCGGCUCUUGCCCGUGACACUGGUGCUCUUGUCGUGAACCUGUUCCCUGAGGCUCUUGAAGCACAUCGCAGUCACAUCCUAACCCGCGUCCGCAGCAUCCUUCGCGGCCGCGACUUCUCGGGUGGCCGCGUCCCUGUUUUUGAGGCCUCUGCAGGCGAGCUUCUUCGCCUUCCCCGUCGCUCGUACUGCCGUCACAUGCUUCAGUGGCCGUCGGUUGAUGACGCGAACCGGUUCAAGCAACUCCUGCCGAUCACUUACCGCUCGUCCGAAGGGCCGACCGCGGAGAUCAAGGUUUACCAGGAUCCCGCUCCCGACUUCUCCGCGGCAAAGGCUCGCGGUGAAACAGUGCUGGUGCUGCGUAACGUGCCCGUGGAUUUUGCGGUCCAGACGCUUCGGUCCCUGCUCGUGUCAAGUGCCUCGAAUGGUGCUAGAUGGCUCGGUGAUCUCUUGUUCUUUCACAAGUUGUUUGAUCCCUAUGAGGAAUCCUUCCUCCCACAGAUGCUCUGCAUAGCCGUCGCGCCUCCCAACGACCCGCUGUUCGAGGCCAUCCCGGCCGUGAUCUGGGUGCCUAACGUCCAAGAGCCCAUAGUGGUGAACAUCUCGGCACACUCGUGCGGGUGUCACUUUCCUUUUGCGCCUUGGGAUUUCCUCUGCUUUUUGGAUCCUUUUCUCACCUUCCUCUUCAUGCCUGGUGCUGGUCCUGUCUGGCUUUGGAUCAUUGGCCAGCAUCCCUCAGUGGCUUCCUUCAAGGCCGACCCCGGCACCGUCUUCAUCGGGACAGACCUCGAAGUGGAGGUGUGGACGUGUGCCCUGUGUUCCUUCUGCUGCGGGUGGGCGCUGGACAGCGCUAUGGAACACAUCGCCAUCUCCUCCCACGCGUCUGCCAUCCAGCAGAUUGCAGGCAACUCCACGCCUCUGGAGGAGUUCGGGGAUAUGAAAGCCCACGUUUUCAACCAGAACAGUACCAUUGCCAGCUUCCUCUCUCAGGGAUAG